AGAGCUGUGAUGCAGACAGCGAAUCACAUGAGCAGGGAUCUGUUUACAAACUGAGGGCUGUAGAAGAGAAGUGGAGAAGAGAGAGGAGGAGAGUGAAUGUGAGAGGAAAAGACAGGAGAAGAGCCUGGAUAUGCCUUAACAUUAGCCGCAUUGUCUUCCUGUGUUGUAUACCUCUCUGUGUUCUUUGUUCAGAGCAGAAGGCUGGGGAAGAGAUGAGACGCUGCUUUCCACAGGAACACUGAGGCUGCCUGCCUGCCUCUCUGCCUCUCUGCCCGCCUCGUUGGCUGGCCGUGCUGCUGGGAAACCCAUCCAUGUCCUUCCCUUUGUGUCUCCAUAAUUGGCAAAGGCAGGUUUUCACAGCCAGAGAAGAAUAAAGCGACGUGGACAUCUAAAAAGAGAGGAGAGAGAAGAAAGGAAGGGAGAAGAGAAAAGAAGAGGAGGAAAGGAGGGAGAGCCUCGUGACAAUGUUUUGAAGGGGAGGCAAAACAAAAAAGCAGGGACUGCGCUCGGCCAGAGGUACAUAACAGUGCUGGAUGGGAUUUGGAGUAUAUUUCCUCAUACUGUCAGUGACAUUGGUGUCUUUUUUUAUUCACAAAAAGUGCUCACAGGUUCAUCUCCAAGACUGUUGUCUUUGUCUUUUAGUGGCAAAUCAUCACUGCAGACUGAGGUUCAAAUGAGCAGCUGGUUAUUUUGGUAAUGUCUUCUGGAGAAACUGGGAGUCUCUAAUCAGUUCUGCUUACUCCAGACCGCUAGGAUUUAAGCCACUGCACAUUCUCUCAACUAUCAGGGUUAAACUAGUCUGAAACAAAAAAAAGUAGUGGAUGUACAGGUCAAAGCUUGUGCUUUUGUGGAAACCAGACUUUGUGAUAUUGGAGAGAUCAUGACCCCAAAGAUUUUUUAGGUUUACCAACCGAACAUUCGCACAUUUGAUGCAUCCAGUCCCAUGGUGUAACGGGUCUACGUGUGACGUUGGAUUGCAGAACUCCGACCCUUACAGCAAGAUGACAUCUGAAGAGCUCUUCCACCUGCCGCUCAACAUCUAUAUCAUCAUCCUGGGCAUCGGCCUCUUCAUCCUCAUGCUCACCCUUUUCUUCUGUUGCUACCUGUUCAGGCUCAGGAGACAAGGUGCAAGAGAACAGUUCGGCUACAAUGAGGUUGUUUUGAAAGGAGCGGGGAAGAAACUGAGCCUUCUUGGUCAAACAUGUGCCGUGUGUUUAGAGGAGUUUCGCAGCAGGGAUGAGCUUGGAGUGUGCCCAUGUUCCCAUGCGUUUCAUAAGAAGUGUCUGCUAAAAUGGUUAGAGAUCCGCAGUGUCUGCCCCAUGUGCAACAAGUCUAUUUGUCGCCUCCAGCCUAACCCCCCACAAGCACCUGAGCGGCCACAGAGUCUCCUGGAGGUCUGAGAGGGGAACAUAUGUAACAAAAGCACCUCUCCAGAUAGUUGACACCUUGUCACCUGUAGUUUUAGUAAUGCAAACAUUUAUUCAAGGCAGAGCUACUCUGGAAGUAGAACUUAUAUAAUUGUCUGAGUUAAACAGUAAGUGCAGAGCCUAAGGAGCCUACCUGGUAAACUAUAUGGGGGGGAGACACUGUAACACUGAGACAGAGGUGGGAAUGCUAAUUCAUGAUAGCAGAUUAAGGCUAACUAUCAAGCCUAGAUACUGCAAUAUUCAGUACAUAGCCAGAUGUUUAAGCUAAGUGCCUUACAGCUGCAGAUCCUCUCAAUGAGAGACUACACCCGUCAGCACUGGGCACAAUGAUGAGGAUUCAUGCAUGCAUGGAAUCCAGUUUACUCCUCAUUAUAGAUAAGUUAUGUAGGAAAUGGUGAAUGAGUUGUGGGGCAAUUGUCCAAAAUUGUCUGGCGCCACUUAACUGCCAAGCUAACAGUAAGACGUCCAUCCUAAACUCCAGGCUUCAGAAAGCUCCUUCUCAAUUCUACUUUGACAUUCUUUCCACAGUCUAUUUUGGUAACAAGAUUACCUUUUUAAAUGGGCUUCAGUUUACUCAAUUACUUGUCUUGCAGCAAAACUGUGGUUAGCUUUGGGGGGGGGAGAUAGAAAUUAUGUUACAGCACCACAUGUGACAUAAAGACAUCAGCAUUUACCAUCAACAUUAUGGCAUCAUUACCAAAAACAUAUUGCUGGCAUCAUUAUCAGAGUGUGAUGAUACCAGCUAGUUGGGAAAUGUUCCAAUUCCUCAUUUACAGUGGGGUCAGAUUAGACCGUUUCUAUGUGUCUUCUACUUCUGUGUCACCCAAACAGUUGUGUUGGUCCCUCAGCAUGGGGAUUGUUACUGCUGUAACCCAACUAAAAAAAGUAUUUCUGCCUCCAGAGCAACUCUGCCUCUGAGAAAUGUCAGUCUGCUCGUUUUUUUACUUUUCUCAAAAAAAAAAAAAAUGACAUGCAGUGCCACAUGAAUAUGAUGUGUCUCAGUCUUUCACCGCAACUUAAGAACCUGAAGCUUAGAACGAAGAAGAUUCAACCCCCAGACACGCAGCUUUGAAGAUAUCCAAACCUCGUUUGGGUUAUUGCUGCCCCAAAGUUGAGGGUGAAUGCAGAGACUGUGAUGAAAGAUGUGCAGUUGUGGAAAAGAGGACUUUUAACAAAACAGGACAAUUGUAAACUAACAGGAAACAUGGCUGUGUGUAUUUUAGCUGUAAUCUUUCAUUGUCUGAGCUGAGUGAAGGUAAUGAAGCCCUAAAUGGCAAGACAUAUAUUGUCAUAUGGGAUCUGAUAGAAACUACAGGCAACUACAUUCAGCUACAAUUAAUGGCCAACCAGUACAUUAACAAAUACAUACAUGGUUUAAGUUAUUUCUAAGAAAGUGUUUUGUAUCAUAACAGGCUUUCAGUUAAAGGUAUUGUGCGUCAGUGAUGCUAAAGCACGUUGAAUGUCAUUUGUCAGUAGUAAUAGUUGGAUGUCAUUGUUGCCAGUGGGACAGAUGACAUCUUAGCUCCGCUCUGUGCUGUGGUGAUAUAAAUAGACACACUGCACUGAUAUGAAGAGCCUGUUUCUUGUCUGAGUGAGAUGCACCAUAAAGAGCAUUCUCUGUAUGUACCAUGUAAUAUAUUAUGAGUACUGUGUAAAUUGUAAAUGCAAUUUUCUGAUUUUAGAAAAAAAUAUAUAUAACCGGUGUUUUGAUAUAGUCAUUUGGAUCCAAGUCUUUUUUUCUAGUUUUGCUACAUGUUGGCACUUGAAACAGUUUAUUUGUAUGCUGUCGUUAUAUACAUAACACUAUAAUGUCGUUAUUUGGUUGAUCUUACCAACUGUGUGUGAAUGUGACGGAAGGAUUUCCACCAAUAAGGUGCCACCUCUGAUAUAAAUGUGCCUAAAAAAAAUCUUCAUACCUUAA